AUGGAGGCCGUUGCACGUCAUACGGUGUCGGCCAGCAUCCACUCCGACUGCACCGAGUUUCAGGAUUACACGAGCGGCGUGCUUGCAGUGGAUCAUGGGGAACAUCUUAUUAUAACAUCUAUAAAGACCUGUUGGGCAUUCUCGGUUGUGGGCGUCGUGGAGGGCAUUGUUCAAAUCCGGACUGGCAGUUUGAUCCCGCUGUCCGUGCAGCAGCUCGUUGACUGCAAUGACAAGGGGGACAAUUGUAGUGGGGGAAACAUAUGGACCGCGUUCGACUAUAUCAUCUGUGCCGGAAGCCUAGCCACCGACUCAAGCUACUCGUACGAUGGCUCUGGGAGAACAUGCCAGCCUUACGAACCUACCGUGGAAAUAUCAGGCUACGAGAAGGUCCCUCCCAACAACAAGAAGACCUUGAUGGAGGUCGUUGCCUGGAGUUCGUUGUCGGCCAACAUCAACUCCGACUGCACCGAGUUUCAGGAUUACACGAGCAACGUGCUUGCGGUUGAUCGGGGGAACAUCGCAUUGUAA